CAUGAACCAACCCCUACUGUGUGAAUAUGAUUGCUAAACAUGUUAUGCUGAUUUAAUGGGAAAUAUGGAGGUUUUGAAGUAUAAUGACGUGAUACUCAGAGCUUCAUACAUGGAUGCUUUAGGGAGUCAUUGCUACUUGAAUGAUCAAGUCAUCGGUGUCCUUUUUUUGGCAAUCUGCGAUGAGGAAAGCCGCAAAGAUGCUGUGGAUCACCUCAAAUUGGGCAACAAGCGCCUUGUUCUAUUCGCUGUCAACGAUAGUGACGAGUUUGGUGUGGGUCAGAGUGGAUCACAAUGGAGUAUCCUCAUAUUCGACAGAACUAAACACUCCUUCCUUCAUCUGGAUACUAUGCAAGGGGAGAAUCACAUCCCUGCCUUCAAACUCUAUGAUUCGGUGAAGCAAUAUGUUGGUGUGGAAUCAGCCUCAAUAAAGGAGGGGGCUAAGAAUAAGAAGAAGAAUAAGAAUAAGAAAAAAGCUGCAAACACUGCCGUUGCUUCCAUUGAGGUGUCCUUUAAGGAGUGUGAGGCUCCUCAACAAACAAAUGGAUAUGAUUGCGGAGUGUAUGUGAUGGCAAUCGCCAAGGCUGUUUCUGAUUUCUGUCUCUCUGGCAAGACUGACAAAGAGGUGGACUGGCUGUCUUUUGUUGUGAAAAAUGUUGAUGCUUCUAUUGAGGAGACCUUCAGGCAAGAGAUCAUGCGACUCAUUGAAGAUUUAAGAAACAGCGACUGAUAUGUCAGGCUUCUAAGGAAAGGGAGAGAGAGACUCCAUAGGAGGUGAGCUUUAUCCUUUCUCCGGAUGAUGUUACCUACCUUGUUAUGCAGAAUGGGUUGUCUUGAAUGGUUGAUGUUGUCGGGCAUGAUGUGCCUGAUCUGAUGUUGUGAAUUCCGUUUUUUUGGGUCCGUCUAUUGUUGGUACUUUCACAAGCUAUUUGUCGUUU